AUUUUAGGAGGUCCCAACCAAACAGAGCCUUCAAAUUUGAAUCACAGCUUUAUAUAUAACCGUCGUUGUUUCCCCCAAACAACUCCAACCGUGAAGUGCAGAACCGCUGGUAGAGAGAGAGAGAGAGAUUCAGUUUGUGAAGUGCAGAACCGCCGGUAGAGAGAGAGAGAGAGAGAGAUUCUGUUUGUGCGUGGAGAAACCGGAGAAGCAUGUCGGCCACACAGGCACCACCAUCGCCGACGAGAGUCUCGAACGCCGUGGAAGGUGUCGCCGCCGCGGCUGAACUCAUGACGGUGCUGAUAACGGGGGUGAGCCGUGGUCUCGGCAGAGCCCUAGCACUGGAAUUGGCCAAGCUCGGCCACACCGUAAUCGGCUGCUCUCGCUCCGCGGACAAGCUUUCCUCACUCCAAUCGGAGCUCGCCGCCGCCUCCGAGAACAAGAGCAACAGCGGCAAACACCUCAUCCUGAAUGUUGACGUGAGGUCCGAUAGUAGCAUCGAGGAGUUGGCGCGUACCGUUGUAGAAAAGAAGGUCAUUCCCAAUAUUAUAGUAAAUAAUGCUGGAACGAUAAAUAGGAAUAACAAUUUAUGGGAGGUUUCAGCAGAACAAUUUGACUCAGUAAUUGACACCAAUCUCAAGGGGACAGCAAAUGUACUUCGUCACUUUAUCCCUCUCAUGAUUCAGAAAAAGCAGGGCAUAAUCUUCAACAUGUCAUCUGGUUGGGGAAGAUCUGUUGCUGCAGAGGUAGCUCCUUAUUGUGCUUCAAAAUGGGCUGUCGAGGGUUUGACAAAGGCAGUCGCAAAGGAGUUGCCUCCUGAGGUGGCUGUUAUUGCACUUAAUCCUGGUGUGAUUAAUACCAUGAUGCUUGAAUCAUGUUUUGGAAGGAUGGCUGCUCUAUAUCAAACGCCUGAAUCAUGGGCUGAGAAGGCAGCUCCUAUAAUUCUUGAUCUGAAUGUGGCAGACAAUGGCGCGUCUCUCACCGUGGCAUAGAUAUUCCAUAGAGUUUUAAAAUGAAACUGAAAGAGACUUGUGCCUAUAUUCAUGCCCUGUGAAUGUGAAAUAAAAAUGUAAUGUGUUUGAACUGUUUAGCUUCCGAAAAUAAUUCUUUGUCGAGAGGGUUACAAAGUACCUCCAAGACUUGGGGAAAAAUUAACUUGUAGAUGUUUCGUGUUUUGUCGAUUGUAUGCUCCGUACGGUGAGAAAUACAGGUGUGUUGCCAUUCUGCUUGAGUUGAGCUUAGUAGAAUGAUUAUUUUUUUUUUACGUA